AUGAUGGUGAACAGCUACCACCACCAGGGCGUGCGACGGCUGGCGGAGCGGUUCGUGCCGAUGGCGUUCGCGCCGGACGGGCUGGUGGAGGGGUUCUACGACCCCGACUCGUACAGCCCCGACGAGGGCAAGUUCAUCAUGGGCCUCCAGUUCCACCCGGAGCGCAUGCGCAAGGCGGGCUCCGACGAGUUCGACUACCCCGGCUGCGCCAAGGCGUACCGGGAGUUCGUCCGCGCCGUGGUCGCGUACCAGGCGAAGCUCGCCGCGGUGAGACGUUUCCAGGACGUGGUCACGCGCGGCCGGAGCGCGGUCACGCGCGGCCGGAGCGCGGUCACCGCAGCAGUGCCAAAACUGAGCCAUGACAUGGAGAAGCAGCGCAAGGUGCUCGUCCGGAGCUUCUCCCUGGCCAAGAACAUGUACUUGGGCGCCGGAGAUGCAAAGCCGGCAGAGGCAGAGCGGCGGGACCUCGACGCGGGGGCCGAGUUCCUCGAGACGGCGGCGGCAGCCCUGAGCUCGCAGCAGGAGAAGCGGCUGAAGCAGAUGGGCGCGACGGUGCGGAACGCGUCCGGGUACCUCAACAGCAGGCUGAAGGUGAGCGAGGACCGGGAGGCGGCGGCGCGGGCGCUCAUGGCGAAGAUGUCGGCCGCGCAGCUCUCCAGCCUCGCCGCAUUCUACCGCGCCAUGGGAGCCAUCUGCUCCGACGUGCUCGACGCCAAGCUCCAGCCAACGUCUCCGACUCUGCAGGAGUGA